AACUGAUUUCCUGUUCAAAUUAGUAAACAUGCAUGUUCUUGUCUUAUUUGGUUUGUCAUUAAUUAUUUCUGCUUCUGCCUCCGUAGAAGUAAAAACAAAUUAUCACGAUGCCGUAGGUAUUCCUACUGCGAGCAAGAUCUUGGCUGAAGAAGAAGCAAUUUUAGCUAAAAAUGUUGAGGACGAGAGGAUUGUCGGAGGUGCUUUGGCUCCCGCUAACGCAUAUCCUUUCUUUGGAGGUUUGCUGAUCAGUUUAAUCGGUGGCCAAAAUUCAGUAUGUGGUUCCUCGCUGGUGUCCCACAACCGGUUGGUGACAGCUGCUCACUGCUGGUUCGAUGGGCAGCGGCAGGCUUGGCAGUUCCUAGUGGUACUCGGCUCCAAUUCGCUGGGCUUCGGAGGCACUCGUAUACCCACCAGCCAUGUCAUCAUGCACCCGCAGUAUCAUGUUCAGUCGUUGGAAAAUGACGUCGCUACGAUAUACUUGCCCUACAGUAUUAUGCACAAUGCAAACAUCCAACCUAUUCGCCUGCCGAGCUUUGCAGAGCUCUCUGAUCCGUUUGUAGGAAGAUGGGCGGUCGCUGCUGGAUUUGGAAAAACUACAGACCACCAACAAGGUGCUUCAACCACUGUCAACCACGUAGCUCUGCAGGUGAUUAGCAAUACUGCCUGCGCAGCUGUCUACACGACUAACUUCGUGAAGUCCAGCACCCUCUGCACCAACGGUUUUGGAGGAGUCGGCAUUUGUGGUGGCGAUUCUGGUGGUCCACUCACUCUGUACACCCAACAGGGACCGCUAUUGAUUGGUGUGAGCUCCUUCACUGAGAGGAAUAACUGCCAAGGCGGUAAUCCAUCAGGCUUCGCCCGGGUGACCAGCUUCCACAGUUUCAUCAGCCAACACUUGUGAACAAACUAUGUUGUGAUAUUAACCUUAAGCGUCAAUAAAGUUAUGAACCUAUCUAAACAUCUGCGGUCGCAAACAGGGACAUA